CUUUAUAUGAACUCUUCACCUGAAUGAAUGGAGCUCUGAAUCAAAAAGAGCACAGCUUUCCUUUCCAACUCCAACCUAUCUACCUCAUCUCGAGACACGAAAUUACAACCCAGAUUGUCCUUCCAAGAAAGCUCAGGAGGAAUGAAGAGCAGUGUUGUAUUCGUAGCUGCUUGGUUGCUGUUUUGUUCUGUAUCAGUAGUUACAGCAGUCGAUCUCAAUUUGUCAAAUCCAUCUCCGCAGUUCCCAGGAGGACAAGAUCAUGCAACCCCAGAUCUGAAUGGCAGAGAGUCAAAACGGCCGCAAUGUUGUGAAGUGGUGUCUUCAUCAAGUAAAGCAUCAGGAACAGGGGGGCUAAAGGGAGGGAAUGGAGGUGCUUCCGACAUUGCUCACAGAGCUCCCCCUGCACCUCACAAAAACUACUCCACUCGUUUAUCAUCAUCCCACUUCUACACCCUGAUCUCCCUCUUCUCUCUUGCACUCACUCUCUACCUUCCACUUUGAUUUCUUCGUAUGGGGCCGAUUCCUGCAGCCAGUUGUGACCUUCGGCAUGUGCUGAUUCUGUAAGGUCUCCAUCCAACUCGUUUGUUUGUGCUCAAUCCGGUGUGGCGACAUUUUGCUUUACUUGGGGUGAAAGUUGCGUGUUAUUUUUGGGCCCUCCUCUAUUCUGCUCUUGUUACUGUCUAGUUCUCUGAGUGAGCAAAGUUUGGUCAUGUCUUCGAACUUGGGAAAACAAGCAAAUUCAGUUGGGUUGUCUACACUCUUCUUCAAACGCUGAAGUCGGAUGUGAGAAAAUUCAUCAGAUAGAGAUAAGAUUGUAGCAUGUUGUGUGUGUACGCAUGUGUAAUACCGCCUUUCAAGUAGACUGGCAAGACUUGUAGUAGUUGUAUAAAUUCGAGGUGUCGGAC